AUGGAAGAGCUUCCCUCUACCUCUUUUCUCUUAGAAGAUAAUUCACAGAGCUCAUCAGCUACUGGGUCAAAUAGCACUUCCCAGGGGUCUUCAAAAGCCCCAUCUACUACCAACACUUUUUCAAGCACUUCUGAUACAAGAUCUGAUGAAGAAGAUACCAGUCAAGAUGAGGAAUAUUCAUGUUCCUCCAAUGUCUCAUCUUCUACUGAGACCACCUACAGUGAUAUUCUAAACAGCAUGGUGAGUUUGUUGGAGCAGCUCCUUCUGUACAAGUAUAAAAUGAAGCAGCCCAUUAUGAAGGAAGACAUGCUGAAGAUUAUCCACCCAAGAUACCAUGACCGAUUUGCCGAGAUUCUCAAGAGAGCUUCUGAACACAUCGAGGCUGUCUUUGCAGUUGACUUGAAGGAAGUUGACUCAACCAUCCACUCCUAUGACCCUGUCAGCAAACUGAAACUCCCCAACAAUGGGACAGUGUGGGAUGGUAGGGGCUAGCCUAAGACGGGUCUCUUGAUGACAGUCCUGGGUGUGAUCUUUGUGAAGGGCAACUGUGCCGCUGAGGAAGACAUCUGGAGGUUCUUGAAUAUGAUUCGAGUAUAUGCUGGGAGAAAACACUUCAUCUAUGGAGAGCCCAGGAAGCUCAUUACCAAAGACUUAGUGACAAUGAAGUACCUGGAGUACCGCCAGGUUGCCAACAGUGAUUCUCCACGUUACGAGUUCCUGUGGGGCCCAAGAGCCCAUGCUGAAACCAGCAAAAUGAAAGUCUUGGAAUUUUUGGCAAAAGUCAAUGAUAUGGUUCCCAGGGCCUUCUCAUCACAAUAUGAAGAAGCUUUGCGAGAUGAGGAGGAGAGAGCUCGAGCCACAGCCAGGCCUGGUACGACUGUCACUUAGGCACGUUCCAUGGCCACGUCCAACAACUUCUCCCACCUCUACUAA